CCGGUGAUCGACCGCGUGUCAUCCCGGCAGCCUCGCAUCGAUAGUACCGCGCGCGGCGCGUGCCCACAACAAGCUCCAAGGUCGAGCUCCAGCCCCUCCCUGCCACAAGACCACUGCCGCGGUCGGAGGACCGAAGCUACCAAUGGCGUCGCCGACAUUGAUGCCCGUCGACCUCCGCUUCAGCUUCGCCUCUCCAGCAUCUGCGGCGCCGAGGACAGCGAGACGGCCUAAGAAGCUCGGCAGCAGGGCGGCGGCGGUGCGUUGCGCGGCGACACCGGCAUCGUCUUCGUCUUCCCCGGCGCCGAUGGGGGAGAAAACGGUUUACAAAGACGGGCCCCUGGAGCGCGCAUUCAUGGGGCUCUUCGCCCGGAAGAUGUCCAAGUUCGCCACCAAGACCCCAAACCCGAAUCCAAACAUCUCGCGGGCGGUGUGGGAGUGGGACUACGAGAGCUUCGUGGACGUGUCGCGGCGGGUGAUGGUGUCCUGCGGGACGCGGGAGCGGCAGCAGGCCGCCGUCCGGGAGGUGCUGCUGUCGAUGCUCCCCGCGGGCGCGCCGGCGCAGUUCCGGAAGCUGUUCCCGCCGACCCGGUGGGCGUGCGAGUUCAACGCGGCGCUCACCGUGCCCUUCUUCCACUGGCUCGUCGGCCCCUCCGAGGUCGUCGAGGUCGAGGUCGCCGGCGUCAAGCAGCGCAGCGGCGUCCUCAUCAAGAAAUGCAGGUAUUUGGAGAACAGCGGGUGCGUGGGGAUGUGCGUCAACAUGUGCAAGAUCCCCACGCAGAGCUUCUUCACCGACGAGUUCGGCCUACCGCUCACCAUGAACCCAAAUUUCGAGGACAUGAGCUGCGAGAUGAUCUACGGCCAAGUGCCGCCGCCGCUGGAGGAAGACCCGGCGUCCAAGCAACCCUGCUACGCCAGCCUCUGUUCCAUCGCUAAGCCUGCUGCCCCGAUCUGUCCCAAACUUCAGAACUAGCAAAUUCAGAAGAAAGCAACGGCGGUCAGAAAGAUUUUGAUGGUACUGGAUGAAUUGUGCAUGGUUUCAGUCAGAUAGGCAAGAAGGAAUAUAUACCCACAGCAAUUCUAGGUAGCGAGUCUGAAAGUUCAAUACACACGCUGGAUGCACGAAUAUGUCUGAGUGUACAUAUUAAUUGUAGCUUGUAUUUUUAAGGAGAAAGAAAAAUGUAAAGAUACAUGAUCUGAUAUAAGUUUUGUCACUGCUGCACAUUCGUUUUUGUUGCA